CUCUUUGUCUGAUAUCACUUUUUUUAGAGCAGCAAAGCAGAAAGGGAAAGGGGGGGUGGGCUGUCAUUUAGUAUCUCAACUGCAAUCACAGGACGGAUAUUACAGCAAGGUCUUCACAAAACUGGUCAUAACACGAAGGAGCUCAAAAUGGGGAAAAAGGGGGACCAGUAUGAGGUCUUUGUGGAGAUGGGGCGUGACACCAAUGGAGAGAUGGAUGCCAAAAUCAAGAAGAAGAAAAAGGUGAAGAAGAAGGAGAUGUUGGAAGGCAUGAAGAAGGAGAUGGAAAUUGAUGACCAUGAACUCACCAUUGAGGAACUUGAAAUGAAGUAUUCCACCAGCACUACCAAGGGUAUGUCCAGCACUCUAGCGGCUCAAGUCCUGGAGCGGGAUGGUGCCAACGAGCUGAAGCCCCCCAAAGGUACCCCAGAAUAUGUCAAGUUUGCUCGGCAGCUGGCUGGUGGACUGCAGUGCUUGAUGUGGGUAGCCGCUGUCAUCUGUUUCAUUGCAUUCGGUAUUCAAUUUGCUCAGGAGGACCUCACAAGCUAUGACAACCUGUAUCUGGCCAUCACCCUGAUUGCUGUCGUAGUUGUUACCGGCUGCUUUGGCUACUACCAGGAGUUCAAGAGUACAAACAUCAUUGCCAGUUUUAAAAACCUUGUUCCACAGAAAGCAACCGUAUUCAGAGAUGGACAAAAAUCUCAGAUUAAUGCUAACCAGCUUGUGGUGGGGGACUUGGUAGAGAUUAAGGGUGGUGAUCGGGUGCCAGCAGACGUUCGCAUUAUAACUGCACAAGGCUGCAAGGUGGAUAACUCUUCUCUUACUGGGGAGUCCGAACCCCAGAGCAAAGGGCCUGAAUGCACACAUGAAAACCCAUUAGAGACCAGAAAUAUUGCAUUUUUCUCCACCACAUGUCUGGAAGGGAUUGCCACUGGCAUUAUCAUCAACACAGGAGACAGAACCAUCAUUGGCCGCAUUGCUAGCCUAGCAUCAGGAGUGGGCAAUGAAAAGACUCCUAUUGCCAUUGAGAUUGAGCACUUUGUGGACAUUAUUGCUGGACUGGCCAUCUUCUUUGGAGCCACAUUCUUUGUGGUUGCAAUGGUUAUUGGAUACCAGUUUCUAAAAGCCAUGAUUUUCUUUAUGGCUAUUGUGGUGGCAUAUGUCCCAGAGGGUCUUCUUGCUACUGUUACGGUGUGCUUGUCAUUGACAGCCAAACGUCUAGCCAAGAAAAACUGUGUUGUAAAAAAUCUGGAAGCUGUAGAAACUCUUGGCUCCACCUCAGUCAUCUGUUCCGACAAAACUGGAACACUAACACAGAACAGAAUGACGGUGUCCCACUUGUGGUUUGACAAUCACAUCCACUCUGCAGACACCACUGAAGAUCAGUCUGGUCAAAGUUUUGACCAAAGUUCAGAAACGUGGAGAGCUUUGGGUCGCGUUGCUGGUUUGUGCAACAGAGCUGUCUUUAAACCAGGACAAGAAGAAAUACCAAUCCCCAAGCGAGAGGUAAUAGGAGACGCUUCAGAAACUGCACUUCUCAAGUUCACUGAACUCACGAUUGGCAACGUGAUCGACUAUCGUGGCCGCUUUAAGAAAAUUUGUGAAGUACCUUUCAAUUCCACAAACAAAUUUCAGUUGUCUAUUCAUGAGUUAGAAGACCCCUUAGAUCUGCGCUACCUACUAGUGAUGAAAGGAGCCCCAGAGAGAAUCCUAGAAAGGUGUUCUACAAUUAUGAUCAAAGGACAGGAGCUUCCAUUGGAUGAACAGUGGAAAGAAGCUUUCCAAACUGCCUAUAUGGAUCUCGGGAGUCUGGGAGAGAGAGUUCUUGGUUUCUGCCACAUCUUUAUGAAUGAGAAGGAAUAUCCAAGAGGAUACAACUUUGAUACAGACGAGAUGAAUUUCCCCACAAGUGGACUCUGUUUUGCUGGAUUAAUUUCCAUGAUUGACCCACCUCGAGCUACUGUUCCUGAUGCUGUGAUGAAGUGUCGGACUGCGGGAAUCCGGGUAAUCAUGGUAACAGGAGACCACCCAAUUACAGCAAAAGCAAUUGCAGCUAAUGUUGGAAUCAUCUCUGAAGGCAGUGAAACUGUAGAGGACAUUGCAACAAGACUACGCAUCCCCGUUGAACAAGUCAAUCGAGGUGAUGCACGUGCCUGUGUAAUUAAUGGUGGACAAUUAAAGGACAUGACCAGCGAUGAACUUGAUGAUGCUCUACGUGCCCAUCCUGAGAUGGUGUUUGCCCGAACUUCACCCCAGCAGAAACUCAUCAUUGUGGAGAGCUGUCAGCGACUGGGCUCUAUAGUGGCAGUGACGGGUGACGGUGUGAAUGACUCUCCUGCUCUGAAAAAGGCAGACAUUGGUAUUGCCAUGGGAAUUGCCGGCUCAGAUGCAGCCAAGAAUGCAGCUGAUAUGAUCCUGCUUGAUGACAACUUUGCUUCCAUCGUCACUGGAGUUGAGCAAGGACGUUUGAUCUUUGACAACCUGAAGAAGUCAAUCGCCUACACCCUGACUAAGAACAUCCCUGAGCUGACACCAUACCUCAUCUACAUCACUGUCAGCGUUCCUCUUCCUUUGGGCUGCAUCACUAUCCUCUUCAUUGAGCUGGCCACUGAUAUUUUCCCUUCCGUGUCACUUGCCUAUGAGAAGGCUGAAAGUGAUAUAAUGCACUUGAAACCAAGAAAUCCUAAAAGAGACCGCCUGGUGAAUGAAGCUUUGGCUGUGUAUUCCUAUUUUCAGAUCGGGGCAAUACAGUCUUUUGCUGGCUUUACGGAUUACUUCACUGCCAUGGCCCAAGAAGGAUGGCUUCCACUUCUCUGCGUAGGAUUACGCUCACAAUGGGAGAACCCACAUAACCAAGAAGUUCAGGACAGCUAUGGACAAGAAUGGACGUACAGCCAGAGGCUAUACCAGGAGUACACCUGCUACACGGUCUUCUUUGUUAGCAUUGAAAUCUGCCAGAUUUCUGAUGUCCUCAUCAGGAAAACCCGUCGGCUUUCCGUCUUCCAGCAGGGAUUCUUCAGGAAUAAGGUGCUUGUUACUGCCAUUGUUUUCCAGCUCCUUCUUGGUAACUUCCUUUGCUAUUGUCCCGGCAUGCCAAAUAUUUUCAAUUUCAUGCCCAUCAGAGUCCAGUGGUGGUUUGUGCCCGUUCCAUUUGGGAUCCUUAUUUUUGUUUAUGAUGAAAUCAGAAAACUUGGGGUUCGAAGACAUCCAGGAAGCUGGUGGGACAAGGAGUUGUAUUAUUGAAUCCAUCACCUGGAAUAUAAUGCUCAGAGCCGGCCAGUUGAUUAAAUAGCCACUUUGUUCAAUAAGAAGUUGUGACAAUGCAACAUAAAUCAUCAGGCUGUAGAGAUUGAUUUCAUCCUUCCUCAGGAUGAUAUUGUUAACUGCUCAAAUUGAUUUACCAGUUUGUCUUCUGUGCAUAAUGCAUGACACAAUUCUGAAGCACUAAUUCUAUGAUAUGUUUAGAUCUUACAUUCAGUGCGAGCACGGCUGACUGCACUGUAUAUGUUAUUUAAAUGUUUUGUCUCAAUAAAAACCUCCU